UUUAAUCAGCCUCACCUGCGGGAGACGCGCGUGUCUAAGCUAAGCGAAGCGAAGCGUCCACAAACUGCCAAUGUUUUGUAAAGAAAACAUGAAUAAAUCCGCUCUGUUUUUUUAUUUAGUGACCAUUUAUGCCUUCCGCCUCAGCGGGUCCAUACCCCAGGAGUCGGAACAAUUGAGCCAGAGAAACAUGGUGGCUGGCCGGGGCAGAAGAGCGCCUCACCUGGGACCCGCUCCAAAGUCCAGGACCAGCAAACAUGACACCAACACCUGGCCGCCGUGGCCGUGGACGUGGACUGCCGGCCAGGUGAGCAGGCUGCAGAGUGUGGCAAACACUGAAGAUGGAUAUCAAGGAGAUUUCCCAGGUUUUAAAGGAGUCCAUGGGAGGGCACUGGUAUCAUCUUCUGGCCGCGCUGUGCAUGUAUCAGAGUGGCUGGCCAUGAGCCCUGUGCUGCUGUGUUAUCAUCAUGCCAUGACAUUCACAGCCUCUGGACCAGGAGUCACACAGCUCUUUGUGGACGCAGGAGGAGCUAAUGUGAUCUCCCUGUUGCACCUGCCUCCAUCUUGUGGUUACACGGUGUGGACAUCAGGCAGGGACUUUCAGAUGAUGGUGUCACAUGAUGCAUGCCACAUCCACCAAGAGAAUGGCAGUUACGUGCUGCCCAUGCUUUGGUGGGACAGGCCGCUGAAGCUCACCUGUCCAGGAGAGACGCCCGCACCUGCAUCGUCGAUCCCGGAUGUCCUGUGCUCCCCUUACGGCAUGGCGGUUCGUCUUUUCCAGCAGGAUGUGCCAACGCUGGGGGUCCGAGUAAAUGGAGGCCGGACUCAAUUUGUGUCCGCUCAGUGUGCGUACCGCGUCCACUCCCUGCCACAGGACUUUAUCUUCUUCAUCUCCUUCAUCGCGCCCUGUGUCACCAUUGGAGACGGACUGCAGCUUCAGCUGGUUUUGAAUCAGCAGGAAGUGAUCCUGGCCUGCCCCGUCCCCGCAACUACCUCUCCUCCACCUCCAGUCCAGGAACCACUUCAACAUUACACUUCACUCUCUCCUGGCGCUCCUCCUGGAGCCCCACCGUCUCACCAGUCCCCCCACCCAUGGUCUGCUUUAUGGACCGUGCAUGGAUCCUCAGCCAAAGAUCAGAUUGCUACGCACAUAUAUCCUCCCGGCUCUAAGCCUGCCAGUCCUCAAGCCCCCCGCCCACCCACACUUCAGGACUAUCAUAAAUCACCUCACUAUCCAACACCUUCUCCUUCCAGCCCACUUCUCCAUCCACCAAAACAACCCUCUGACCCCAAUUCAUUUGACCAUCCACAUGAACAAAAAGCUAAUAAUGCACAAGACCCCCAAAAGCCCCCCAUCCCCAGUUAUCCUUUCCACCACAUCCUCUCUCCUCCACAUUCAGAACGCCGGCAUCCUUAUCUCCAUAGCGACCCCUCCCAUUUCCCACUACACCCCCCUGUGUCCCGGUACCCAACCCAGUCACCCGCACCUAAACAAAAACCUAAGCCCACGCCAGCGCCCCCAUCGUACUAUUGUGAAGUGGGCAGUGUGGUGGUCUUCCUGCCCACCGCUCAUCCACACCUCAUCCAGGUGAAAGAUCAGGGGAAAUGGCAGCCCCUCUCCAGCGUGUGUGGGCAUAAGAUCCACAUGCUGAGCACAUCCACCGUAAUCCUCUCUUCUCCUCUGCCUGGCUGCCACACCAAUGUGCUGAGUCCCGCGACCAUUUCCCUGUCCUUGAGGUAUUUGGCCCUCUCAAUGACACAGUACCACACGGUGGACCUGCAAUGCCCCUUCCAGAGGAGCACUCCUCCACCGCUGACCCCGUCCACACCCGGCAAGGCCAAGGUCAGCCCCCCUGUGGCUGCCAAGCCCAAGGUCUUGUGCUCCUCCAAACACAUGCUGGUGCAGCUCCCGCCCGGCCCCAUCUCUGGAAUAGUUCUUAAAGACGCACAAGGGAAGGAGAUGCGCGUCCAGGACACACCGAAGCAUUGUGGGUAUUCUGCCAAGGUGGAAGAAGAUGGCAAAAUCCACCUGAGGCUCCAGUUGAACACAAGUUGCCACAUGAGUGUGCAGGGUCACAAGUUCGUCAUGGCGGUCACAUAUCUGACUGCAAGCGGGAAGAAGAGUGCUCACUUUUACUGCCCGCUCUCCAACUCUUUACCAGGACAAGACUGCAACCUUCCCCGCGAGCAGCGUCUGCCCUGCGGGACAGGCGCUCUAUCCCGGCCGGCAUGUCUCGCCCUGGGCUGCUGCUUCGGCAAGCACCCCCCCGCUUGCUACCACGCCAUGGACGAGUGCACAAUCGACCGCCACUUUGUGUUCUCUGUGCCUGCGUCCCUCACCGAGCCCCCCCUCUCGCCCGGCCUGCUGGUGGUGAGCAACAACUCCACCUGCACACCCCUCAGAUUUACCCCCCAGUACGCCUUGUUCAAGCUGCCCAUGGACGGCUGCGGGGCUCGCAAAAUGGAAAUGGGCAAAACUUUGAUCUACAUGGUGGAAAUAGUCAACAGGAUUCAGACUGUAAGCCUCAAUUAUGGAACCAUCACUCGAGAUUCUCCUGUUAGGUUAUUGGUGGAGUGCAGGUACGUGCCAGGCAGCGUCCUCACCGUCAGCUACCUGGUGAAAACUCCCACGCUGGGGCCGGCUGUCCAGACUCAGGGUGUGUUCGGCGUGCAGCUCAGACUCGCCAAAGACGCUGACUACAGCAGCUACUACCCGCAGUAUCACCAGCCCCUGCAGAUGCUCCUGGGGAAACCCCUCUACCUGGAAGUGCGGAUGCUGAACGCCCCAGAUUCCAGCCUGGUGCUGCUGGUGCACUAUUGUGUGGCCUACCCACGCUCAGGAGAUGCCGUGUGGGUGCUGCUCUACAACGGAUGCCCCAACCCACUGGACCCAGCCUCUCAGCAAGUGGUGCUGUCUCACCCUCCACCGCCGGCCCCUCAAGGUCAAACACGCCGCUUCACCAUGAGCACCUUCCAGUUCCUUCCUGACGACCACAUCAAGGACCCGGAUGAGGAGAUUUACUUCAUGUGUUCAACUGAAGUCUGCUCGCCGCAUGACGGCCCCUGUGUGGAGGGUUGUUUUGGUCAUUGACGUUACGGAAUGGAAAGCUUGACUGCAGUGACCCAAGUCUCGAGCAGGUUUUUUUUUUCUCUUUCUCUCAACGAAACAUAUUUUUAUGUUUCCUUCCUGCUCGCGUCUCUGCUGUUCUCUGCUUGAGGAAAGAGACAUCGGUCAUUUAAGCGGCAAUAAAAGCUGUCCGAGGACAAAAGAG